AUGUCUUACGUCCAGGAGCAUGGAUUCUUCGGGCUCCCAGUUUCAAGCCUCCGCCAGCACCUCCGUCUAGAGCUGCUGAUCCACCAUCUGAUCGCCGGAGUCGCGAGUCCUCCCAUCGAGAUGAGAAGUCCAAGCAUCGGUCGAGGCACAGGAGCCAUCGCGAACGCUCCCGGUCUCAAGACCGGCGUAGGGCACGAGAUGAACCGCGAUCACAUCACCGAGAGGCACGCACACGCGAUGAAUCGCAAAGGCGACAAAUACAAUCUCAUCUACGGCACACUUCAUCGAUACAGUGUGCCCCUGUACCACCGAGUUGGGCGAGGAAAUGUGCUUGGUCUGUCUUCACGUUAUCGAAUAGACCGCGAUACAGCGGAUGGAGACGCAUUGAUUCUUAGGACGGACUUCUCGCGCACGGAUGGAAAGAAAAGCAAGGCAAAAAGCGCAUUUCUGGGCCUGGAUAAACAACACACUAGGCUUCUCCGAGUUCGCAAAGACCCCUUAACGGAAUCGACCAUAGAUGCCUCGCGGGACUUUAUCCCCCUUAGCGCUUCUGCAGGUUCCAGGCACAAGGGGAUACCAGAUGAUAUUGAUACGGACGACGAGAAGUAUGCCUACCGGUCAAUUCACGGCAAAGCGAAACGCGAAGAAGACAUUCUUAGCGAUUUGGAAGCUGCGUCGGAUACGGAUACGAGUGAGGUUGGCCUACGAGUCGACCCUGACGAGGAAAUCAAAUCACUCAAUGCGGAGUUGCUCAGGAGCGUUGACCAGAAUCCUACUGAUAUUGCAGCAUGGAUUCGUCUCAUUGAUCAUCAGGAGCUACUUCUUAAGGGUCCCGGAAGAGAGUCUCGCGCGUUGACAAGCGCGGAACGACAAAGUCUGGCUGACAUCAAGUUAUCAUUGUAUGAAAAAGCACUGAAGAAAGCUGGGAACAGUCCGUUCAAAGACCGACUUUUGCUGGGCCUACUUGAAGAAGGCGCAAAGCUCUGGGAUACGAAGAAACUCUCAGCGCGAUGGCAGACCGUCCUUAGUGCUAACCCACAAUAUCUCAGCCUUUGGGUUAGGUAUCUUGAUUUUCGUCAAACGGAGUUUCUGGCUUUUACUUAUGAACGAUGCUUUAACACUUAUCUCGAAUGUUUAAAGCUGAAUAGACCUGCCCUUGACAGGCCAGAAAAAGCCCAUGUACAGAUAUACUUGUUCUUGCGGUUGACUCUGUUUAUUAGGGAAGCCGGGUUCAUGGAGCAUGCUGUUGCUCUUUGGCAGGCCCUGUUUGAAGCAAUUCUCUUCCGUCCAGAGGAAUUGGGUGCUCUGGAUGAGGAAAAGACAAUGCCAGCUCUAAUUGAAUUCUGGGAAUCUGAAGUUGCGCGCAUCGGAGAGGUUGGCGCGAAGGGUUGGAAGUCCGGAGACAAUAUUCUCCUGGAGCCCAAGAACUUUACACCUGCUUCCCGGGUGGAUCCAAGAGCCAUCUUCGCGUCAUGGGCCGUCUGCGAGAGAGAACGGACAUCCAAUGCCCGACUACCGGCUCGGAGUCUAGAUGAAUCCGACGACGAUGAUCCAUACCGCGUUAUCAUCGCGUCUGAUCUCCAAGAAAUACUACCUCUUGUUUGGAAAGUGAACCCGGCCGACGAGCUGAUCAAUGGCUAUCUCUAUUUCUGCCAAUUGCCUCCCAUCAAGUCACCAAACAACCUGGAAACAACAAGUGUCUGGGCUGGAGAUAACUUCUUGCGGAAUGCCUUGAUAAGCGACAUGGAAAUAACUCCCGAAAAUUGGCUUUCAGGUCAACUACGAGGCUCGGAAAGUGGUGCCCUCUCCCCGGUAUCCUUUCCCCAUCCAAACUUCAUCCAGACGACGUAUACGCUUUUUGCAAACCAAGAGGCCUGGUUUUCAUCCUUAACGUCAUGGACCAAGGCCAUUCUCAACCCAAGAUCUGACAUUGAUCCUGACUGGGUCAGGAGGACACUCAGGCUGCUUGUAGAGGCAUAUCCGCGAAACGACGACUUGGCCGAGUACACAAUUGCCGUGGAAUUAGCAUGCAAUGACAGGGAAGCCAAGAAGUAUGCCAAGUCCAUCCUGAGAAAGAGAAGUUCGAACCUGCGCCUCUAUAACUCGUACGCUCUAGUAGAAAGCCGGUCUGGAAAUAGAACAGCUGCUGACCAUGUCUGGGCGACUACCCUCUCCAUGAGCAAAACCUUCCCUGACCAUGACAGAGUUGAUUCCGUUCUGCUGUGGCACACCUGGGUCUGGGAAUCGCUGGACACUCGAAAGAUAGCCCAGGCCUCCUACCUUCUUCUCUCCAUGCCCCAAAACAGUGUUGAACUCAAAGCUAUCCCGGAAGUCAUCAGUGAGACCAUGUUCAGCGCAACGAAUUUAUUGAAAACACGGAAUUUCCUGUCAGAUGCCCAGGAAAAUGUUCUCGUGUCAAGGAAAGCCAACAUUUUUGUGGCAUGUACCGAUUGCUUGGCUCUUCUCACGUACCUCUCCCAGUCGUCGGAUAUGAACAAAGCUCUGGAGGCAUACAGCACUGCACUUAACCGACUGAAUACGCUCCCCGACCAUGCCCGCACUUUUAAAUCCUUCACAACCGAGCUUUUGCACCAGGCCCGGGCGAGACUCGUCUACUACCACGUCCACACCAGCAGUCUCUACAAACCAUCACAUAUCCGCACCCUGUUGUCCGAAAGCAUCUCCCUUUUCCCGCAUAACACCAUAUUCCUCUCUCUCUUCGCCUGGAACGAAUCCCGCUUCCGUAUCGAAGAACGCGUCCGCGACGUUGUCCGCGACGUCACCUCCGAGACUAAACACCGCAUCGACCCCAACAACACCAUCACCACUACCCAACAAGUCCCGAUAACCACGCAUCUCUUCUCCAUCUACACCGAAAUCUCCCGGCCCGUCUUCGCCGGCUCCACGCUCCACUCCGCGCGCGCCGCCUUCGAGAAAGCCAUCGGCGCCACCACACCGGCAAGCCCGGCCCACAGCAGCAACACCGCCUCCGCCCGCUCCAGCCUCACCCUCUGGAAACUGUACAUCCUCUUCGAGCUCUCGCGCAACGAAGUCGCCCGCGCAAAGGACGUCUUCUACCGCGCCGUCCGCGCCUGUCCCUGGUCCAAGGAGCUCGUCAUGCUUGCCUUUACGCAUCUGCGCGCGGAUGUCGUCCGCGCCCAAUCUGAGUCCGGGACUGCAUCGACGAAGAGCGCGGAGGGUAUGGAUUUUGAUGAGCUGCGGCGGGUGUAUAAUGUGCUUGUUGAGAAGGAGUUGCGGAUCCAUGUUGACAUCGAGGAGGAGAUUGACGAGGUAGCGCGGCGGCUGGAUUAUGCUGUCGCCUCGGGGCUGCCGAUUGAUAUGCCCGAGGAUGCAGAGAGCGGGGAUGAGCGUAUGGAGGAAUAA